AUGGAGGGACGAAAGGUAGAAUCUAUCUAUGUGAUGUCAGCAGAAUCGGCAUACAUAGAUAAAGCCAAAAAGAAUGAGACAGCUGCUUUGUGGCAUACUCAGCUUGGCGAUGUGAGCCAUCACAAGCUCAAGAUCAUGAUGGGAAAGUCAAUGUUAAAGGGUCUUCCACACUUAGUGAUCAUAUGCGGAGGUUGUCAGUACGGUAAGGCGCAUCAAUUACCAUAUCACGAUUCACUGUUCAGAGACAAGGAACCUUUGGAACUUGUACACUCAGAUGUAUUUGGUCAAGUAAAAUAA